GCGCACUCCCUGGCGAGACGGAGGCGAGGAGAGACGCGAAUUCUUCCAAAUCCCCGAAAUUUAAGGAAAUAAUUGGUGAAAAUGGUGCAGCAGACGGAGAAAAUGUGGUCCAAGAUGUACGUCUUGAAGAGAGAUGGACGUCAAGAACCUGUUAUGUUCGACAAAAUCACUUCUCGAAUCCAGAAGCUCUGCUAUGGACUCAACAUGGACUUUAUUGAUCCUCCUGCCAUCACCCUUAAAGUGAUCAAUGGGCUGUACUCUGGUGUGACAACCGUAGAAUUGGAUAACCUUGCUGCUGAAACUGCUGCAACAAUGACCACAAAGCACCCUGAUUAUGCUGUGCUUGCUGCCAGGAUUGCUGUGUCAAACCUUCACAAAGAGACCAAGAAGAGUUUCAGCGAGGUAAUGGAAGAUCUUUAUUACAUGGUUGACAAUAAGACUGGGAAUAAGAUGCCCAUGCUUAGUGAACAUUACUACAAGAUCAUCAUGGAGCAUGCAGAUAAACUCAAUUCUGCUAUUAUCUAUGACCGUGACUUUUCUUACAAUUACUUUGGCUUCAAGACUCUGGAGCGUUCUUAUUUGCUCAAGAUCAACGGCAAAGUGGCAGAGCGACCCCAACAGAUGUUGAUGAGGGUUGCAGUGGGUAUCCAUGGUGAGGAUAUUGAUGCAGCUAUUGAGACCUAUAACCUGUUGUCUGAGAAGUGGUUCACACAUGCCUCGCCCACACUCUUCAAUGCUGCUACAAGAAGGCCACAGUUAUCUAGCUGCUUCCUAUUAACAAUGAAGGAUGACAGUAUUGAGGGCAUUUAUGACACUCUUAAGCAGUGUGCUUUGAUCUCCAAGUCUGCUGGAGGCAUUGGGCUGAAUGUGCACUGCAUCAGGUCCAUGGGAAGCUAUAUUGCAGGAACCAAUGGAACUUCUAAUGGUCUUGUGCCCAUGUUGAGGGUGUACAAUAACACAGCACGUUAUGUUGACCAGGGUGGAAACAAGAGGCCAGGUGCAUUUGCCAUCUACUUGGAGCCAUGGCACCCUGAUGUCUUUGAAUUCCUUGAUCUUCGCAAAAAUACUGGAAAGGAUGAACAAAGAGCAAGGGAUCUCUUCUAUGCCUUGUGGAUUCCUGAUCUGUUCAUGCAGCAAGUGGAAUCCAAUGGCGACUGGUACCUGAUGUGCCCUCAUGAAUGCCCAGGACUUCAUGAUACUUGGGGUGAGGAAUUUGAGAAACUCUACCACAAGUAUGUAGAAGAAGGUCGUUACCGUCGCAAAGUGAAGGCACAACAGUUGUGGUAUGCAGUUAUUGAAUCACAGGUGGAGACGGGUACACCAUACAUGUUAUACAAAGAUGCCUGCAAUAGAAAAAGUAACCAGCAGAACCUUGGUACCAUCAAGUGUUCUAACCUUUGUACUGAGAUUGUGGAAUAUUCUUCACCUGAUGAGGUUGCUGUGUGCAAUUUGGCAUCAAUUGCUCUCAACAUGUAUGUCAACCCAGACAAAACUUACAACUUCGCCAAACUGAAGGAGGUUACAAAGGUCAUUACAAGAAAUCUGAACAAGAUUAUUGAUGUCAACUUCUACCCUGUUGAAGAGGCUAAGCGUUCAAACAUGCGCCAUCGACCUAUUGGCAUUGGUGUCCAAGGGCUUGCUGAUGCCUUCAUUCUCAUGAGAUAUCCCUUCGACUCGGAAGAAGCAAAGUUGCUCAACAAGCAGAUCUUUGAGACCAUUUACUAUGGUGCAAUGGAAGCAAGCUGUGAACUAGCCGAGAAAGUUGGUCCUUAUGAAACCUAUGAAGGAUCGCCAGUCAGUAAAGGGAUUUUCCAGUAUGACAUGUGGAACGUAACUCCAACUGACCUGCAUGACUGGGCUGCUCUCAAGGCCAAGGUAGCCAAGUUCGGAGUGCGUAACUCCCUGCUGCUGGCCCCCAUGCCCACUGCAUCCACAGCUCAGAUUCUGGGCAACAACGAGUCCAUUGAAGCUUACACCUCCAACAUCUAUUCUCGUCGUGUCCUCUCAGGAGAGUUCCAGGUUGUAAAUCACCACUUAUUGAGGGAUCUGACUGAACUUGGCCUCUGGGAUGAUGAAACCAAGAAUGAGAUGAUUGCCAAGAAUGGGUCAAUUCAGGGCAUUGCAAAGAUUCCUGAUGACCUGAAGGCCUUGUACAAGACUGUGUGGGAGAUUUCACAGAAAGUAGUAAUCCAGAUGGCAGCUGAUCGUGGUGCCUUUAUCGAUCAAAGUCAGUCGCUGAACAUCCACAUUGCUGAGCCAAACUAUGGAAAGCUUACAUCCAUGCACUUCUAUGCCUGGAAAUUGGGUCUGAAGACUGGCAUGUACUACCUCCGCACUAAGCCAGCUGCCAAUGCCAUUCAGUUUACUGUUGACAAGUCCAAGCUAAAGAAGGCUGAAACUACCAACGGUCAUGCAAAUGGCACUACAAAUGGCACCACCAAUGGCACCUCUAGUGCAUCAAAGCCAGAUGCUAUGAAUAUGGCAGCCAUGGUUUGCUCCCUUGAGAACAAGGACGAGUGCCUCAUGUGUGGAUCGUAAAGUUCAAAGUGAACAAAAAAAACUUCAAGCAAUGUGUUCCCAGUGAUUUCUCCAAAUAUUCUUUUUAACUUCACUGUACAAGCUUUUUUUUCUUUCCUUCUGCUCUUGCAGUUUUCAUUGUGAUAAAUAGUAAGUUAAGUUUGUAUAUUUUGUUACAUGAUUUUAAUUCUGCUUUUUACCUUCCUUUUGAGUUAAAUCUGUCAUGUAUAUUACUUAAGUUCUUUCACUUAAGUUGUGCAUUCACACUUGUGCCUUAUUCUCUCUGCACAACACAACCGAGAGCUAACAUAUCACUGCCAUUAUCUUAAGUAGGUACAUGACUAAGGAAACUUAGGUAUUACUGUACCACUAUAUUUUUACUACUGUGUGUAUUGUAUACAUUUUUUUUUUAUAAAGCAUUUAUAUAUAA